UUUUUGGUUAUGGUAUUGGUGGGUUUUUGUCCUCUUAAAAACUCUUCUCUCUAUCAACUAUUCUAUCUAUCUAUUGUUUCGUUCCAUCUCACAAAACAAGAAAGAAAAUAAGAGGAAAAGAAAAUAAAAAAAAUUUCAAUAUUUUUUCAAAGAGAGAGAAAGUUGAGGAGUUUGGUUUUGUUGAUUCAGUUCCUGAAUUCCCUUAGAUCUUGCAUUUUUCGGACAAUUUUCAUCUGGGUUUUGUUUUGCGCACCAAAAGUUUGCACCUUUUUUCCUCUGUCGGAAAAUGGCUUUCCUCGGAAAUUCAGUUACUUGAUCGUAAUUUGGUUCCUCGGAUCGUUGCUUGUUCUCGAAUGUUGUUCAGUAAAGAGGAUCUGGUGAAUUGAUGCUUCCGGCUAUUUGACGAGCUUAUAAAUAUAUGUUUAAACUAUGGUGUUCAAGAAGAAGGCAGAUUAUGGAUUCAACGGCUUUCGAGUCCCUGUUAUUCCUAAAGCUCCUAGAUCUGCGAGAAGGAGGGGUCCAUUUAGAAAUUCCGUUGAGGAUGGUCAAGCAUGUGCUUUCGACCUAUUGGCAUCUUUAGCUGGAAAGUUGUUACAGGAGAGUGAAAGCUCUGCUGCUAGCAAUGCAUCUGAAGGAAAUCUUCAGCCUGCUGUUAAACCAUUGACAAUGGAGGGAAUUUGUCAGGGAAAUUGUGCAGAGAGUGUUGUUAAGAAUGAGGUAGCCUCUCAAAACAGUAGUCAGAAACCUCUUCUGCAUUCCAAGCCUGAUUGUUUAGUAGGAUAUGUUUCUGUAAAUAAUAGUUCUGACUGUUUGGAAAAAGUCGAAACUGGUGUGAAGACUGAGGCUUUCGACCGGGAUAAAAAAUAUGUGCAUUAUUCUAAUAGAUUAGUGGAAAUACAUGAAAAAUUUAAGGAUUCUUGUGAUGGUAUAAUAAAGAAUGGAUUUAGACAGGGAAAAGAAGCUGGCAGUUCAGACUUUCAGGGAUCAACUUUGGGUGAUAAAUAUGGUUUGAAGGACCAAUUAGAUUUGUAUGCUACUCCUGCACUAAUUGACUCAAAAGUUAAUGUUAAAUAUCCACGUAAAUCUUUUCCCAGUGCUUCUUUUUCCAAGCUAGGGAAUGGUAGUAAGUUAGAAUUUAGAGAUGAUGACGAAAACCUUUUAAGGUGCAAAAGACUUUGCACAAAAUCAAAGGCCUUUAGGUCUCCACGACGCAUUGCCCACCGAAGAAUCAAGAAUCUGCUGUCGUCCAAAUACUGGAAGGUUGCUCCAAAGCUGAAGGAAUGUGAUCUUCCUGUAUCUGAAUUUGCAGAUCUAGGAGUACCUCUUUAUCGGAAGAGGAAGGCUUGUUACGGAUUUGAAAGAUCCCAGCGCAGCACUAUUGCUAAGAGGAGGAAAUUCUUUGACCACGUUUCGGGGGUAACUUCUGAUGGAGGAUUCAGCAGUGAGAGUGUGUCUAAUUCACCUAUGAAAGGAGUGGAUGGAGACAAACCUUGCUCAUCUGCAAAACUUCUUGUCCCACAGGAUUCUCAUGUGAAAUUUAGCAUUAAGUCAUUCAAGAUACCAGAGCUUUAUAUUGAGGUUCCUGAAACUGCAACUGUCGGUUCACUAAAGAGGUCGGUCAUGGAAUCUGUGAUGGCUAUACUCGGAGGUGGUGUGCAUGUUGGUGUAAUUCUUCAGGGGAAAAAAGUUAGAGAGGACAAUAGAACACUUAUGCAGACUGGUAUAUCUUGCAAAGAAAAUCUCGAUACCCUUAGUUUCACGUUGGAGCCCAGUUCUCUUCUAGCUUCUCCAGCUGUUUGUGUUGGUGGCGGUCCUUCUUCCCAAUGCGAAACAUUCGAACCUAUUGGGUCCCCCGAAACUCCUGUCCUAGAUUCAGGGAUUACUGGUACCUUACUUGACCCGUCCUUGCUGACAAAUCCGAGCAACCUAGUUGAAAGUAACCAUGAGUCCACUUCUUCCCCCACUGACACAACAGUUGACAAUAUAACACCAGAUUCCAGAGCGAUAGUUGCCGUUCCAACUAGUGCUGAAGCAUUAGCUGUGGUUCCUGCAAGUCAGAAGACCAAGCGCGCUGAUUAUGCACAGCGUCGGACCAGGAGGCCAUUUACUGUGUAUGAGGUAGAAGCACUUGUUCACGCAGUUGAAGAACUUGGAACUGGAAGGUGGCGUGAUGUUAAGUUGCGAUCUUUUGAGAAUGCAGACCACAGGACUUAUGUAGACUUAAAGGAUAAAUGGAAGACAUUAGUGCACACUGCAAGCAUCUCCCCUCAACAAAGGAGAGGAGAGCCAGUACCCCAGGAGCUAUUAGAUAGGGUUUUGGCGGCACACUCUUACUGGUCUCAGCACCAAGCCAAGCAACAUGGCAAGCCCCAAGUUGGACCUGGCACCUUGAAGAUUGCAGAAGCUGCACCUGAAAGAUCAUGUUUGUUGAAGGUGUAGAAAGGACUACUUGUGUUGCUGACAGGAAAAGAAAAAGAAGAAGAACAUAAGAAGACUCAACUUGUACAUUUUGUUUCAAAUUCAUGUAAUAUUCUCACACCAAAUUCUUUGCCUGCCCCAAAUUGCAUGCAGGUUGGCAUUUGUAAAUGAUUUGAUGCAAUAAGGUUGUUAAUUCCAUUGUUCUUUUAUUUUUUGUUAAUUUCAAUUUCAUUUAUGAAUGUAUCUAGAAAUGUCAACACGACAUGACAUAGGAAAAAGGAAAAACUCCUUGUUAAAUUUUCUUCAUUUCUAUUCAAUGAAUUUCAUAUUUUUACCUA